AUGGCAGCAGUAGCUCCAUCAGGGGGCGGCCCAUCCAAUGCGGCCUUCAAGGACAAGGAGAAGCCGGUGGCCGUUCGGUCGGCCAACAUCGUCGCCGCACGAGCCGUGGCCGAUGCCAUCCGAACCUCUCUCGGCCCCCGGGGCAUGGACAAGAUGAUCAUGAGCGGCAAGGGCGAGACGAUCAUCACCAACGACGGCAGCACGAUGCUCAAGAGCAUGGCUGUGCUGCACCCGACAGCCAAGAUGCUGGUCCAGCUAUCGCACGCUCAAGACGUCGAGGCCGGCGACGGGACCACGUCGGUCGUCGUCAUCUGUGGCAGCCUGCUCGGUGCGGCCGACCGGCUGCUCGGCAAGGGCAUCCACCCGUCAGUCAUCUCGGAGGCGUUCCAGCGCGCCGCUGCUGCUGCCGUUCACGUGCUGCACGGCAUGUCGCAGCCGGUGGCGCUGACCGACACGGCUGCCCUGUUGCAGGCCGCCAACACGUCGCUCUCGUCCAAGAUCGUGUCGCAGUACGCCAACCUGCUCGGACCCAUGGCCGUCAACGCCGUCACCAAGACGAUCGACCUCAAACAGGCUGACAACGUCGACCUGCACAACAUCCGCAUCAUCAAGAAAGUCGGCGGCACCAUCGAGGACAGCGAGCUGGUCGACGGCCUCGUCCUGACCCAGCCCGUGCUCAAGAACGCCGGCGGGCCCAUCCGCAUGGAAAAGGCCCGCAUCGGCCUGAUCCAGUUCCAGCUGAGCCCGCCUAAGCCAGAUAUGGAAAAUACCAUCUCCGUCAACGACUACCGCCAGAUGGACAAGAUCGUCAAGGAGGAACGCAUGUACCUGCUCAACAUGGCCAAGAAGAUCAAAAAGGCCAAGUGCAACGUGCUGCUGAUCCAGAAGUCGAUCCUGCGUGAUGCCGUCAACGACCUCUCGCUGCACUUCCUCGCCAAGCUCAACAUCAUGGCCAUCAAGGAGAUUGAGCGUGACGAGGUCGAGUUUAUCUGCAAGUCGACCGGCUGCAAACCGAUUGCCGACAUCGACUCCUUUACCGAGGACAAGCUCGGCAGCGCCGAUCUGGUCGAGGAGGUCGCCAGCUCCGGCUCGCGCAUGGUCAAGGUCACCGGCACGCUCUCCAGCACCGCCGCCGGCUCGUCGGGCGCAUCUGCCUCGGCCUCGUCGGCCAAGAGCGCCGCCGCUGCCGCUGCCUCCAUCGCUGCUGGUCACGGCUUCACCGGCCGCACCGUCUCCGUCGUCGUGCGCGGCGCCAACAACAUGAUUCUCGACGAGGCCGAGCGGUCCCUCCAUGAUGCCCUCUGCGUCGUCCGCUGCCUCGUCAAGAAAAAGGCCCUCAUCGCCGGCGGUGGCGCCCCCGAGAUCGAGAUCGCUGCUCAGCUCACCAAACAGGCUCGCGCUCUCACCGGCACCGAGGCCAUCUGCUGGAAGGCCUUUGCCGACGCCCUCGAGGUCAUCCCCACCACGCUCGCCGAAAACGCUGGCCUGAACCCGAUCAAGGUCGUCACCGAUCUUCGCCACCGCCACGAACGCGGCGAGAUCAACGCUGGCGUCAGCAUCAAGUCUGGCGGCGUCAACGCCAACAUUGCAAAGGAAAACGUCCUCCAGCCCCUGCUCGUCAGCACCAGCGCCAUCGAGCUCGCCGCAGAGACCGUCAAGAUGAUCCUGCGGAUAGACGACAUCGCCCUCAGCAGGUAG